AUGGCAUCCAUAUACCAAAAGUAUAGUCAAUUAUUAGCCAAACGCCCACUUAUAACUAACAUUAUAACAACAGGAUUUCUAUUUGGAUCUGGCGAUUAUUUGGCACAAACAUUGUACCCUUCGUCCCACAAAUAUGAUUACAAAAGAACAUUAAGAGCAACUUUCUACGGCUCAAUAAUAUUUGCACCCAUUGGUGACAAAUGGUAUAGACUCCUUCAUAAAGUUAAUUUUCCCUUUUCAAAGACUAGGAUAUCUCCAAGUACAAGUAAAGUAUUGAACACUUUGACUAAGGUUGCAGUAGAUCAAUUGAUAUUUGCCCCAUUCAUAGGUAUUCCACUCUACUAUACAGUGAUGUCAAUAUUGGAGUUCAAUGACAAUCCAUUGCAGGUCGCCCGUGAAAAAUUACAUGCACAUUGGUUUAGUACCCUAAAGACUAAUUGGGUAGUAUGGCCUACUUUCCAACUAUUCAACUUCGCUUUGAUUCCUGUUCAGUUCAGGUUGCUAGUUGUUAAUGUAUUCAGUAUUGGGUGGAACUGCUAUCUAAGUUCUGUUCUCAAUCAUAAACAUAAUUCCUUGAUUGAAAAUGUAACGGAGGUCGAUGAGGAGGAAAUAUUAAUUUAA